UCUCCACUAAAAGCUGUCUUCAGUCUAGGCACGAGGAGAGGAGGACGAGAGAGAGAGCGAGAAGCCAAGCAUAGUGCGCCUGACGCAGUGAGAUACGGAUAGAAGACAGAGAGGCAGAGAACAUAACGGAACAGAAGAGUUGAGUAGAGAAGAGAAGAGCGCUGCCUGCGCGAGACAGUGUCGGGUGGAACGACAGCUCAUCUCGCAGCUGCUGUCGGUCGGAUGCCGUGGUUGACAGCCUUGAGACGCGAUGCUGGAUAUGCCCGUGGAGAUCCGCAACUGCUACUGAUGCUCUCCUCCCUGAAAGAGAGAGACAUAUAGAGGAGAGGAAAGAGAACGGGAAGGGAAGAGCGUGUCACAGAAGCGACCGAAGGUGGUUUUGGGUGAUAUCUGAGAUGAAUCGCUAACCGUACGGUCAGAUUUCUAACCGUUUUCGCCGUUUUCACACCAGGUUACUCCACUCCAGAGCCCCAAGACAACAAGAGGACAUCCCUGACCUUUAACCUAAAUUUCUGGCCAACCUAUGAACCACCAAUGAGGAGGCAGGAGAGUAGACAGGGAUCCAAUCAGGGAUGCCGAAGACCAACCAUCAAAUGGUGAAAUAGCCAAUCAGAUGGGAGGAAAAGGACAGAGCCACACCCAGCCGUCUCCCUGACGACAGUCCCCAGGACCACAGACAAAUGUAGUUGCAGAGGCGGGCCUCGUCAUCCCUGACUCUCACACACUGUGGAAAACACGGGAAACAAAAUGGAGGCUCAGAUUGAGAUGUCAGUGCAUAAAUAAAAGGUGCAGAGACUCUGUCCAAUGAGCUACGUCAAGGUACUUCCCUCUAACUCUUUUCCGUUCCUCCCGACCAAUCAAAGGAGGACCAUCCUUCCUCCGGACCAAUCAAAUGAGGACCAUCCUUCCUCCAGACCAAUCAGAGAACCAUCUCCCCAAAAAACGUUGGUUGGUGCGAGAGAAAAAAACCUCCCCAGUGAAUCUGGAUAAGCAAAAAAAUGUAAUGGGUCCGCAAGUCCAAAAAAUGUUGGGUCCUUCCUACGGACUAACCUGAGAGAAAGACGAGUGCACACUUUUCCUUUUAAAACCUUUUUGUGUGGGACUAACCUGAGACAAAGACUAGGAACGGCCAGCAAAACUCUCUCCUUCCAACCCUACCCUGCCUUUUACUGCCGAGUGGACUAACAAUACAGUGGAGCGCUAACAUGGGUAGAGGCUGUAUAGCUCUGGAGAUCACAGUGCACAAGGUGCUCGUUGGACAGGUUCAACUAGAAGGAGCAGAAUACUUUAUUAAUCCAUGCCAGAUGGAAAUUGGACAUUAGUAACAAUCUUCAUUCUUUACACUUCUCUUCCUCGCAGUGACGCUAACCUGGAUAAAUAAACUAAUCAAUAAACAAAAACAACUAUAAUCAACAACAUGGACGUCAUCAUUAGAACGACAACACAACCCCGAGAGGCGGGGCUUAACAACAGAGUGGGCGGGGUUUCGGUGGCGUUGUCGGCAACCAGUUGGUUUGCCUUCCUCUAUGGCUUUGCCCUACUGUCAAUCAUCCAAUUUCCCACGGUGACGGGCGACUGUUGGCUGAUUGAGGGGGAGAAGGGCUUCGUGUGGUUGGCUAUCUGCAGCCAGAACCAGCCCCCGUAUGAAGCUAUUCCUGCCCACAUCAACAGCACCAUCGUGGACCUGAGGCUCAACGAGAAUAAGAUCAAGAGUAUCCAUUUCUCAUCGCUCAGCCGCUUUGGGAACCUGACGUACCUCAACCUCACCAAGAAUGAGAUCUCGUACGUGGAGGAUGGAGCCUUCUCGGCCCAGUUCAACCUACAGGUGCUGCAGUUGGGGUUUAACCGUCUGAGGAACCUAACAGAGGGAAUCCUCAGAGGGCUGGGGAAGCUGCAGUACCUCUACCUCCAGGCCAACCUGAUCGAGGCGGUCACCCCCAACACCUUUGAGGAGUGUCCUAACAUAGAGAACAUCGACCUGUCCAUGAACAGGAUCCAGGUGCUGGACGGAGGCUUGUUUACGGGGCUCGGUAGAUUAACCACGUGUGAACUCUACACCAACCCGUUCAACUGCUCCUGUGAGCUGCUGGGAUUUCUACGCUGGUUGGCAGUCUUCCCCAACAGGACCAACGAGAGGAUGGUGUGUGAUACUCCGGCCGGGUUUUCAGGCUACAGCCUCCUCAGUCAGAACCCCAGGAUGCCUGCGAACCGCAACGCUCUGCACAUGCUCAAUGUGGUGUGUACCGACGACGGUAGCAACUCUUUGCCGAACAUCAUUGUUCAGUCCGAUUUUACGACCCUCCCACCGUACUCUCCCUGCGGAUUGGACGACUGCCCCUCUGGAAUGUCCCCGGAGGACCCAAUCAGCAUCAGCCCCUCCUACCCUGAUCUGAACAACAAGCCUAGUAUGAAGGUGAAACAGACCUCCCACACCUCAGCAGUGAUCACGGUCCAGAUCCCUCACCCCUUCAGUAAGAUGUACAUCCUGGUCCUCUACAACAACAGUUUCUUCACUGACAUUCAGAACCUGAAGAACCACAAGGAAGAGAUUGAACUGAACAACCUGAAAGCCCACACGGACUACACCUACUGCGUCGUGUCCAUAAGAAACCAGCUCCGUUAUAACCACACCUGUCUGUCCAUCUCCACCGGGAGGAAGGCAGGUCUGGAGAGGACCUCCAACGACUCCUCUGCUACCCACUACAUCAUGACUAUACUGGGCAGUCUCUUCAGCAUGGUCCUGAUACUAGGUUUUGUGUUCCACUGCCUGAGGAAGAAGAGGCAGCGAGACGAGAAGAACAAGAAGAUUGGAAAGAUACAGAAGAGCCUGAUGGAGCUGAAAUACGGCGCUGACCUGGAGGGUGGUGGAGGAACAGGAGGAGGGGGGUCCAUCUCUCAGCUAUCCCAGAAACAGAUGCUCUCGGCUGGGGAGAGUCUCACGCGGAUGCCCUACCUUCCCCAGGGUGGAACCUGUGAGAUGGACCAGUACAAUCUACAGGAGAUCAUUGAUACUCCAAAGGCAGUGAAAGGGAACUAUAUUGAAGUGCGAGGAACUGUGGGCGACCUGCCGGACCGGAGGGAGAGGGAGAGGGAACGAGAGCGGGAACGAGAGAGGGAGAGAGAGAGGGAAUGUAGUCUCUCUCCACAAGACAACCCUCAGGGUUCAGUAGCAGAGAUCUCCACCAUCGCCUCAGAGGUGGACAAGGUGAACCAGAUCAUCAACAACUGUAUUGAUGUCCUCAAGUCAGAGUCUACGUCGUUCCAGGGGGUCAAGUCGGGCUCUGUGUCCACCGCUGAACCCCAACUAGAGCUGAUCUCAGACCAGCCACAGAGACAGUCAGGCUUCCUGUCACCGCAGUAUAAAGGAGGUUACCACCACCCUCUCCAGAGACACCACAGUAUGGAAGCUCCGUCCAAACGACCUUCGACCUCCUCCAGCGGGUCCGUCCGCUCCCCGCGCACCUUCCGCUCCGACGGGCCGUACCGGGGAACCUCUGAGACCAAGUACAUCGAGAAAACGUCGCCGACCGGAACCACCGACGACACCGUCCUCACCGUGACGCCCGCCGCCGCCAUCUUACGAGCAGAGGCCCAGAAGGUCCGACAGUACAAGGAGCAGCGCCACUCGUACCCGGGCCCCCAACACCCCCUCCCUGACUCUGAGGAGCUAGAGGAACUCAGUAGCAGGAAACCCUCUUCCAUCCUGGAACCCCUCACCCUGGGGCGGCACCCCAGAGACCUAGCCUACGCCCAGCUGUCCCCGCAGUACCACAACCUGAGCUAUGAGUCCAGUCCGGAGUACUCCUGCACCCCGUCGCUAGGGAUCUGGGAGAGGUUUAAGCUCCAUCGGAAGAGACACAGAGAUGAGGAAUACGGGGAAGAAUACAUGGCGGCGGGACACGCGCUGAGGAGGAGUUUGCAGGUCGCCAAGGACGAGGAUCUGCACGACAUACUGGACUACUGGAAAGGUGUCUCGGCACAGCAGAAGUCGUGAAGCGGCUGGUGUCGUGAUGUGAUGAGGCUCUGGCACUACUUGGGCAUAAAGGAGGACGGAGGUCGUAUGGAGACUAUAAGGGCUCUAUUCCACCGGGAAACAUGAAGCGUUACAGAUUCCGCCAUUCAUUUCUGAUUGACAGCGUUUCACCGUCUCCGCUGAAGCAGGGACAUCUAAGUUUCAAUCUGUACAGCUGAACACACGCACGCGCACACACACGCGCGCACACACACACACACACACACACACACACACACACACACACACACACACACACACACACACACACACACACACACACACACACACACACACACACACACACACACACACACACACACACACACACACACACACACACACCUCUCUCUGCUUUAAAAAAACAUGGACCAAAAUGAAAUGAAUACGAUUUAAAAACAACGAAUGAAGAUCUUGAUUAAAAAUACAUUAUUUUUUAACAGAAGAUCAAGAGAAAUUAUUAUUAUGACUAUUUCUCCCUUCUAUGUAGCUGUUUCUACUAAAACUAGGCUUUGGAUGAACACAACAAAAAAUAAACACAACAAACACAAGAUAUUAUAUGGACUGGUGGUACGCUACAGUGUAUGUGCCAAAUCAACAAGGGUCUCACAUAGCACCUUCUUGUCCCCAUAUACCCUGGCUGGGUCUCAGAUGACAGCACCUUCUUCCCUAGAAGAAGGGAACAGAGUGGGAUUUGAGACGCAGAACCGAGGAGAACCGUAGAGGAGAACCGUAGAGGAGAACCGUAGAACACUGUAUAAACCUCUCUCCCGCCUCAUCACUCUUUUAUACAUAUUAAACAAGUUAGAAUAAGAAUGUGAUUCUUACUAUUGUUAUUGUUAUUAAUAUUAUCAUUGCUAUUAUUUGAAUAUCGCAUGGCUACGUCCUGUGACAGUGACUAUUGUUGUGACUUUCGAGAAAAGAAGAAACUCAAAAUGGCCGUCGCACAACCUUAUUACAAAAUGUCCGCAGACGAACAACCUCGACGAAGACAGACAUUUCGUGAUCUCUUCUUCUUCUUUUUACCAGAGGACUCUUUCUCUCUUCCUUAAGGAACACUAUUUUCCUCCGCUAACAGACUCUUAUUUGGAAACGUUCCUUGACGUAUUACACGGGGGGACUUUUAUUGUGAAACUACAAAAAAGGGGGGGAAUGAUCUUGUUCAGAAGAAAGAGAAAAAGCUCUAUAUUUGCAUAAAAAUAUGUCUUGUUAGUUAGUUAGCUAGUUAGUGUGUUUCUACCGAGGGGAUUUGAAAACCUUCUUUGAGACUUUGAGAGACCAGCUCCAAACUGACCUAACCUGCAGUACGUUUUUGAUUUUGAAAUCCUACCAAUCUCUAACGAAUGUCUUCAAGUCCCUAACGUGGAUGAUUACUGCACUGUUCAAAAUCAGAAAACGUCUCUUAACUCUAAAAACGCCCUCCCUGAAAACACUGUAGCCUACAACUCCCAGAUUCAUUUUUUUUUUUACCCACAAUUCCUCUCUCUUGUCCCUUCCUUGUCCCUCCCCCAAUCCCCGUAGUUCCUCCCUCCCAGUCCCCAUCCUCAGUUGAGUUCUAGUUCUGCCAAAUCACAACUCAAACGGCACAAUACGGACCGACCGGCCGACUGUCAUCGAAUCUCCCCGUACCUCAACCCAAAUCAUUCUAUGACCAAAGUGCUGUGGUAGCAGAAGUUCCCAGACGUCCUUCUAGCCCAGUCUGUCCCCAAACACCCUGGCUGGGGCUCAGAUGACAGCCUGUUUCCUAUAUAGUUACAACAACCUUUUCAUUCGUUAGUUUGGUUGCUGCUAUUUAUUUAUUUUUACCAUUUUAUAGCAGCCCUCGGUUUCCAUGGAUACAGCUCCUGGUUUCCAUGGAUGCUGGGACACAGGAAGUGGAAUCACGUGCACUAUAUAGGGAACGGGGUGCCAUAUGGGGCGUAUCCAUAUCUACACACCUACUACAGGAGAUGAAUGUAUUUCUUCUUUACAUAAUGAAAAGUAAACGGCAGCUGAUACUGAUCCUGCUGACAGAUACCGUUUUGUAAUUCUCUCUCUUUCUCUCCCUCUGUCUGUCUCUCUCUUCCUCUCUCUCUCUUCCUCUGUCUCUCUCUCUCUUCCUCUGUGUCUGUUUCUCUCUCUUCCUCUCUCUCUGUCUGUCUCUCUCUCUCUCUCUUCCUCUCUGUCUGUUUCUUUCUCUCUCUCUUCCUCUCUGUCUGUUUCGUUCUCUCUCUCUUCCUCUCUGUCUUUCUCUCUGUCUCUCUCUCUCUUCCUCUGCUUCUCUCUCUUUAUUUCUCUCUGAUACACUGUAUAUUGAUCUGAUCAUGAUGUAUUGAUUGAUUGAUAUUGAUAUCUUAUGAUCUGAUCAUGAUGUAUUGAUUGAUUGAUAUUGACACCUUAUAUGAUCUGAUCAUGAUGUAUUUAUUGAUUGAUUUAUUGAUUGACUGCUUAUAUGUGCUUAAAUCAUUUAGCCCUGUUAACUAAACAGCCUUAUACAGUUGUUAUUUUCUUGGUGUGUAAAUGACAAUUUGAAGUUUUCACUUCAUCUUUCGAUGGUUUUCUCAACCAUAUUUUUCUAAAUGCUACACAAAGAUUCUUCUUAAAGCCUCACACAAAGCUGUUUCUUUAAAUAGCAGGUAUCUAAAUGUACGUAGUAAACUAAUCCGUUUGUUGGUUAGAUUGCUGUUUUGUGUUGCUUUCUUUUUUUUAAAUAAUGCAUUUUUUUGUAGCAGCCCUUGGUAUCCAUGGAUACCGCUGGGUGACAAAAAGUAGAAACAUUGUGUAAAGGAUGACAAGAGAAGAAGAAGGAGAAGGGAAGGAGGAGCAACUCGCUAUUGGACAGUGUGCAUUCUGGGUAAACAGGAAACAGAGACUGACAGUGUGUUCUGUGGUUGUGUUGCGUUUCCUGCUUGCGACAUGACGGCGAGAGAGAGAGAGACGUGGUCACCACAACGAUCUCUGAGAUUCCGGAGUCUUCUCCUUGGUCUGUCGGAGAUGAACAUGAAGCACAAUAAAACGUCUUUCCUUC